AUGGCCGCCACACAGACAGCAGCUAGGAGAGUCGGCAAGCAGGUCUUCGAAGCCAACAACUCGAGGCUUCACGUAGAGCUCACUGGUCUUUCUCGUACUGCGCUGCCAGCCGAUUUGCGGAGACUAUGUGGGAAGUCCAAGGUAGAACACGUCUCCAAUGCUGUCCUGGAUUACAGACGCUUUAGGUCGACGGGAACUGGCCUGCUCACCUUCUCGCGUCCAGAACAUGCAGCUGUUGCACACAAAGCACUCAAUGGCUCCGUCGCGGGCGGCAAGAGGGUGAAGACGCGGCUCCUCAGUUAUCUCCCCGAACUCCCUCGCAUGCGAGGACAAAAGGGCAUCCUCCAGGCAGCGCAAAGAGGCGCCAUCACCGGGGACGGGCCCAGCGGAGGUAUCGCUGGUAGCGGACGGAACGUCGUGCUUUAUGGACUCCCGGGAAAGCUCAGCGUUGGGUCCUUGCUCGACAGCCUGCGUGGGGUCAAGCUGGCGGGGGCGGAAUAUGGGAAGGAAGUUGUUGUUAAGCUGGACACUGACCGGCUUGCCUCUACCUCUCGCUUCCUCGUCCGAACAACCUCCCCGUCCGAAGCCUACCGCCUUGUGCGCAAAUACCACAUGCAGAUGUUCCGACCAGAGUCGAAGAGCGAUAAGCACACCAUGCGCGCGUUCGUCGUCUGGUAGUGGAAGGCCUCGCACAACCUUCGUCCCUUAUGCUACUAUCGACACCCAUUAUUGCUAUACAUUAAUAGAUUGGCUCUCCUCAU